AUGAGUUAUAAAACAACAAAGUCAAAGAAAGAUAUCUGGUAUCAAGUUGUUAGACGCGAAGUAAACUAUGUUGAACAACCUGUAGGUGGACGUACUCUUAUUCUCGAAGCGAAGAAAGCCAACGAAAAUGAAUAUACUACUCUGAAUUCCACUUUUUUUCUUAAUCAAUAUGAUAGUGACUUUAAUAAAUUGGUUGCGACAGAAAAUGAAGAGGUGCAAAGAUUGAGAAAUAAAAUUCAGGAAAUGGAUUCUGAAAUGAAAAGAAUGUCAAUACAUUCAGUUCAAGCUGAAGCACCUUCUAAUGAAAUACAUGUCCACGAAAUUAAAUGUAGAUUGAAAAAUACUGUUGAAAAUGUAUAUGAAAAUGUUGUCACCCUUCAUCGCGGGGAGAGUGAAGUCUUAAAUUCGGAUAUAUCUAUCGAUGGAUUAUACAAUAUGGAAAACAAUGCAUUGCAAGUUAUUGUUGAAUCCAGUACUCUCAAUAUUACUUUAUCUAGUUCAGAUGUCAUGGAUAUUAGAUCUGAAAUGUAUAAAGAAAAUCUCAGAAAACAUUAUGUUCCGUAUAUUACGAUAUUUCAAAGUUCUGGAUAUGGGAAAUCACAGCUGGUUAAAGAAAUGGCUAGGCGGAUUCCCACAAUUUAUCUUUGUCUCCAGGAUACAAAUAGUACUGGAUAUCCUUCACGUACUAGAGUUGGUGCAGAAUUAUUUGAACGAGAGCUUAAAGAAUUGAGAGAAGGAGAGGAAUGGAGGUUUACCUAUAUUUUGCAGAAUAAUCAGAUGGAUACAAAUUAUUAUACGGUGAUAUGGACUGAGAUCAGUAGAAGAUCAUCAAGCUGGAGAAAUAUAAUUGAUUCUGAAUUAGAUAUGUCAGCUAGCUUCAUAACUAAUGAUAAUUCAAAUAAUAAUGUUUGCUUCCUUCUUUGUAUUGAUGAGGCUAGAACUCUUAUAUCACCAAUUAAUAAGCACAAAUUUUCACCAUUUAGAUUGUUUCGCAAGGCAUUGAAGAAUGUAAGGUGGCAUGGAUUUUUUGCCUUGCUUUUGGAUACAUUAAGCAGGAUAUCAAAUUUCGCACCUUCAAAAUCAAUUGAUCCAUCACACUGUGAUAAUGAGAAUGAUGAAUGCAGAAAUUUGGCUAAAUAUGGUCGACCUUUAUACAUGUCAUACUUGCAAAGUAAUAUAGAUGAUCCUCAAGUCAUUCAUAAAUUCAUAAAUCUUCUUAAGCGAAAGUUGCUUGGUGGAACAAAUAACUUUGAAAAUAGUCGAAAAG